ACAUUUUUGUCUUGAUACAUUUGGAAAAAAUCUGAACGCUGUUUUGCCUGGUUUUUAUUACUGAUCGUACCUCUAUCGUUACGUUUGACAUGAAUGUCAGUCAAUACGACUUAUUGACAUUUAUGAUUGUGGGCCGUCUAAUUGGGAGUUUUGUUUUGAGAAAUCAUAAUAGGAUUAGUGCCAGAUUAAACUGAAUUGUAGAUAUUGCAGUUUGAAAAAAUAAUUAAUACUUCUAGAUGUUAGCCAUGAGAUUAGGAAAGUUGGGGUCCCGUAGAAAUAGUGAGUGGAGUUGUUUUGGGUGUAUCCAUGUUCGUACAGCAACAAUAAUUCUGGGAAUAUGGCAUCUGUCUCUCCACUUAUUGGCCCUAGUAGUUCUGGCUCUGCUUAUGAGAAAUCACAACUUGAUUGAACAGAGAUACAAUCGUGAAGAUUUUCAGCAAGGUCAUAUUUUGCCCACUCCUUUGAGUAAAGUUGAGGCUGAUGAGUAUCCUUACUAUUUACCAACAACCCAAGAUGGCAGGACGAUCUAUUCAUCGGAUAUGGAUUCAGGGGCCCUAGUAACUAUUUGUACUCUGGCUAUCACAUUAUGCAUGCUCUAUGGAACGAUAAAGGGGAAGGCUCAUCAUCUGCUUCCAUUCUUCUGCUUACAACUCUUCGAUUUCGCUGUCACAGCUUUAACGGCCACAGGUUAUUUUUGUUACCUGAGGUCCAUACAUCGUUUGGUGGAGGAGCAUUGGCAUAACUUACCGUCCAAAAAGCUAUUGUUGUCUUUGAGUCCUAAUAUGUUAUCGAUAGUUGUUUUGUCUACAUUUUUGAUUGCUAUGGCGUGGAAGGCAUGUUGCAUCUCGAUAGUGUGGCGUUGUUACAAGUUCUUAUCCUUGAAACAACAAAAUAUCAGAAGCACCAUUCAUUUCAUAGCUUUUGAUGCAACAGAUGGUCAGAUAUCAGAUCCUGACUACAGCAGCAUUUUGUGUGGACAAGAAGCAAUGUGCGGACGUUUGGCUAAACAGACUCCUCCACCUUCAUACCAGGAUGUAAUGGGGGAUCAACCACCACCAUACCCUGCUACAAUGGAGAUACUGCAGGAAACUAUAAAUAAUCAUUACAUCCUUACACCACCGAUGGAUACUGUUGUAGAACAAAGAGAAGAGGCAACAGCCAUAAAUGAAAAUAAUCUGGAGCAAGCAAGAGAAGCAGAAACUUGCGCUGAAGGAAUUGCUCAAGAAGUCAAUAAGGUUGGAACAUCUAGAGCAAUGGUUUCAGAAUAGGGUAAUAUCAUGUUUGUUACUUUAUCAAUAGCAAGUCAAAAACAUUCCAUUUCACUAUAUGAUUACAAGUAGAUCAGUAUUUCACUAUGAUUAAAAUAAUGGCCAUCGUUUUAUUGUUAUCAAAUGUUCAUAUUUAGUGUAUUGAAUAUCGUUACAUUGUGUAUUUGAAAAAGAAGGGGGAGAAUCUUCAUUUUGAACUUUUUUAGAAUUGAGUUCAAGAUAACAUUUAUUCACACUGUUAAUAUUGUCAAGUGUUUGAACGUCGUAUAUUUAUAUAAAUGUAUAGUUCCUUGUCCAUACUUAAGGAAGGUGUAUCUAUAUUUUAAAUUGAUGUGGUACAGAGCUGGAACCGGUACCGACUACAACUUCAACACAGUUGAAAAUUUUGAACAUGUAGGAAAUUGCAGGUAAAGAAAUUGUGUAUAAGAAAGAAGUGGAUUCAGUUGAUACCCAAUAUUCUUGCAUAGACUGUUGGUACUCUUAUAUUCGAAUUUAAAAUAUGUAGGGUGUAGAAUGAAAUUGAUUUUAUUUUUGUUUAUUUGAAUAACAAUUUGUUUUCUUUAUUUCAAUAAAAUUGUUUUAAAAUCUA